UCUACAGGAACCUUUGAUAACUGAUCUUCCCGCAAUCAUUCACUUCCUUUUCGCUUCCUUAUUUUCUUCCCCAAAGACCCCCAAAGGACGUUCUUUUUCGAAUCCGUGAAAACCCAGAGAGGGUAAAACCCUUUUUUUUCUUUUUCUUUCAUCUUCAGCAAAGAAGAUGGUUGAAACGCGACGGAGUUCUUCCUCUUCCAAACGCCCCCUUUCUUCUUCCCCCGUUACAUCUAAUCAUAUUUCUAGUAAACGAUCCAAGGCGUCUGAGCUAGCGUCGUCUCCCUCCAACGGAGCGACGGGUUCUGGGUCGGUUAAGGAAUCCGGGUCGGACUCACCUGUAACGGAGCUUCGGUCCUCUGAUCUGCGGGUAUCUGAUGUGGCUAAGGCCGAUGAUGGGUCUGUCCCCACCGAUAAGUCUGCUGAUGCUGACGUAGAGAACGUUAGUUUAGUGUCUGCGGGGACCUUAGUAGGUGAAGCUGCUGUUGAUGCGGAGAAAGCCGAGGGGCUUAGCGGUCGGGUUAAGAAGAAGCCAGCGAAAUCAGGUUCUAAAGUUCCAUGGGGAAAGCUUCUUUCCCAGCACUCUCAGAAUCCUCACCUGGUCAUGUGUGGCACGCCAUUCACUGCUGGCCAAAGCCGUCAGUGUAACUUAUGUCUUAAAGAUUCCAAUAUUAGCAACGUUUUGUGCAAAGUGAAGCACAUAGAGAGCAAUGGCACUUCUAUUGCAUUACUAGAAGUUACAGGAGGAAAAGGUGCUGUCCAGGUUAAUGGAAGGACUUACCGUAAAAAUGCUACUUUAAUUCUGAAUGCAGGUGAUGAAUUGAUUUUCACUACCACAGGAGAUCAUGCUUAUAUAUUUCAGCAGCUCACCAGUGAUAACUUAGAUGCUCCAGGCAUACCUUCUGUUAGUACUUUAGAAGCUCAGACUGCUCCUAUAAAAGGGAUUAUUGAAGCACGGUCGAGGGAUUCAUCAGCUGUUAAUGGUGCAGCAACAAUAUUGACCUCCUUGUCAACAAAAAAGAAUCCAGAGAUGUCCAAUCUACCUUCUGGUUGCAACAUGUUGGAUGACUGUGUUCCAGAACUUGACAUGAAGGACAAUGCUGGUAAUAGUGAUCCAGCAACUGCUUCUGCAAGGCAGAAAACUGUUGCUUCCGAUGCUACCAAUGAAAACCCGAAUCUUGACAGGCUUGGAUUGGAUGAUAGUAUGGAUGCUGGCAAUAUGAAAAUCCCUGGGGCAGGUUACCCCUUAAGACCAUUAUUGCGUAUCCUUGCUGGUACACCGUCUACUGACUUCGAUUUUACAGGCAGCAUAGCCAAAAUUCUUGACGAGCAAAGGGAAAUUAGAAAGAUGCUUAAGGAAUUUGAUCCUCCUACAACUUCAAUAUCUGCUAAGCGGCAAGCAUUUAAAGAUGCUUUACAGGAAGGCAUUCUCAGUCCGGAUAAUAUAGAGAUCUCAUUUGAAAAUUUCCCAUAUUUUUUAAGUAAUACGACAAAGAAUGUGUUGAUAGCCUCAACCUAUGUGCAUUUGAAGUGUAAUAAAUUUGCAAAGUAUGCAUCAGAUCUUCCCACCAUGAGUCCUCGAAUAUUAUUAUCUGGUCCUGCAGGUUCUGAAAUAUAUCAGGAGACUUUGGCAAAGGCACUUGCAAAGCAUUUUGGUGCUAGAUUGCUUGUUGUUGAUUCUCUUCUGUUGCCUGGUGGAUCAACAUCAAAGGAAGCUGUUAGUUUGAAAGAAACUUCAAGGGCUGAAAGGGCAUCUAUAUAUGCCAAAAGAGCUGUACAAGCUGCUGUGUCGCAGCAGAAGAGAGCAACUUCUAGCGUAGAAGCUGAUAUAACAGGUGCUUCUUCACUCCAUGUUUUGCCAAAGCAGGAAGUAUCUACCGCUACAUCUAAAAACUAUACAUUUAAGAAAGGUGAUAGGGUUAAGUUCGUAGGUACCACAUCACCUUCUACACUUUCCUCUCUACAACCUGCUUUAAGGGGACCUACAAUUGGUGUACGGGGAAAAGUAGUCCUUGCUUUCGAAGAAAAUGGUUCCUCAAAAAUUGGGGUCAGAUUUGACAGGUCUAUUCCUGAAGGCAAUGACCUUGGUGGUCUUUGUGAAGAAGAUCAUGGUUUCUUCUGUACUGCUAGCUCACUGCGCUUGGAACCGGGAGGUGAUGAUGUUGACAAGCCGGUUAAUGAAAUUUUUGAGGUCGCAUUCAAUGAAAGCAAAAGCAAUCCCUUGAUAUUGUUUGUGAAAGACAUAGAGAAGUCUAUGGCUGGAAAUACAGAUGUAUAUACUUCCUUGAAGAGUAAGCUUGAGAAUUUGCCAGCAAAUGUUGUAGUAAUUGGUUCUCAUGCUCAGAUGGAUAAUCGUAAGGAAAAAUCUCACCCUGGCAGUCUUUUGUUCACCAAGUUUGGAGCGAACCAGACUGCUUUGCUUGAUCUUGCAUUUCCAGAUAAUUUUGGCAGACUUCAUGACAGAAGCAAAGAAACACCUAAAACCAUGAAACAAGUAACUCGCCUUUUCCCUAACAAAGUGACGAUCCAGUUGCCUCAGGAUGAGGCUUUACUUUUGGAUUGGAAGCAGCAAUUGGAGCGGGACAGUGAAACUCUUAAAGCACAGUCAAACAUUGUUAGCCUUCGCUCUGUUCUCAAUCGAAGUGGUUUGGACUGCCCCGACCUUGAAUCACUUUCCAUUAAAGAUCAAAGUCUUGCAAAUGAGAGUGUGGAGAAAGUGGUAGGCUGGGCAUUGAGUCACCACUUCAUGCAUUCUUCAGAAGCUUUGGUCAAAGAUGCUAAACUCAUAAUUUCAGCUGAAAGCAUCAAAUAUGGGUUGAGCAUUUUGCAAGGAAUUCAAAGCGAAAGCAAAAGCUUGAAGAAAUCACUUAAGGAUGUGGUCACUGAGAAUGAGUUUGAGAAGAAACUCCUUGGUGAUGUUAUUCCACCAAGUGAUAUUGGGGUUAGCUUUGAUGAUAUUGGAGCCCUUGAGAAUGUCAAGGAUACCUUGAAGGAAUUGGUGAUGCUUCCACUUCAAAGGCCUGAUUUGUUUUGCAAGGGACAGUUGACAAAGCCUUGUAAAGGAAUACUGCUGUUUGGGCCUCCUGGUACUGGAAAAACAAUGCUUGCCAAAGCUGUUGCAACUGAAGCUGGUGCAAACUUUAUUAACAUAUCAAUGUCCAGCAUUACUUCUAAGUGGUUUGGUGAAGGAGAGAAAUAUGUUAAAGCUGUUUUUUCUCUCGCCAGUAAAAUUGCACCUAGUGUUAUUUUUGUUGAUGAGGUUGAUAGCAUGUUAGGGAGACGGGAGAAUCCAGGUGAACAUGAGGCUAUGCGUAAAAUGAAGAAUGAAUUUAUGGUAAAUUGGGAUGGUCUCCGUACGAAGGAUAGAGAACGAGUGUUGGUUCUUGCGGCUACAAACCGGCCAUUUGACCUUGAUGAGGCAGUCAUUCGGAGGCUUCCUCGAAGAUUGAUGGUUAAUUUGCCAGAUGCUCCAAAUCGAGAAAAAAUUCUAAGAGUUAUAUUGGCAAAAGAGGAAUUGUCAUCCAAUGUUGAUUUGGAAGCUAUUGCAAAUAUGACUGAAGGAUAUUCUGGAAGUGACCUGAAGAACCUCUGCGUGACUGCAGCACAUUGUCCCAUACGAGAAAUUUUGGAUAAGGAAAAGAAGGAGAGAGCUUCGGCAGUGGCUGAGGAUAGACCUGCACCUUCGUUGUAUAGCAGUGCUGACAUUCGUUCUCUGAAGAUGGAUGAUUUUAAAUAUGCACAUGAGCAGGUUUGUGCAAGUGUGUCAUCAGAGUCUACAAAUAUGAAUGAGCUGCUUCAAUGGAAUGAAUUAUAUGGAGAAGGUGGAUCAAGGAAGAAAAAACCCUUAAGCUACUUCAUGUAGAGGAAGGAAGGGGAGGUAUUUUUGUUUUAUUGCCAUUCCUUUUUCCUUUCAUUCUUCGUUCUCACCAUAAAAAAAAAGAGGUAAGGUGGCCAAUUUGAGAGACCUGCGUGCAGGUUCUGGCUUCUUUCCUUGUAUUAUAAUAGUUGUAUAUAGGUGUUUUUCCGAAAUUUAUUUGCUUGAAUUAUUAUUAUUAUUCUUGGUAUAAAUUUUACAAUAUUUAACUAGCAGGUUAAGUCUAUUUAAAGCAUUUUCCAUUCCCCUCAGCAUUAUGCCUCAGAAGAGCACACAGAUGUGGCAUUUCUUCUAUUUAUGUGAUACCUUAUGGCAGUGGAAAAGGGAAAAAGAAGUGCCUUCCUCCCUUAUACUCUGUCCAUUAAGCCUUAGGUCUCAGGCCAAAAGGCACAUUCAGGGAAGAAAGCGAGAUCGGAAAGACCGUUCCUUGGCUAUUAUGUAGCUUUUGAUGGCUAACGUGUAACAGCAGUAGACAAAUAUGAAAAUAAAGUGAAGUUGGCACUCGGUAGUUAAAUAGGUCACAUGGUCGAUCGAGUCAGCAGGUUAACCCCCCAAAGCGCCUGUGAGAAUAACGUAGUAAAAGAGUAGCAGUUGAAAUGAUAAAAUUCUACUCUUUUUUCUUUUUUUGCCUAUUUUGGCUUAUUUCAUUAUCCAUAUGGCGUUAUCAUCAUGUCCUCGUAUUAUACGUACAGAAGAGUGACAAAGUUGAUCAAAGUAACUUCUUUGUGAUGUGGUCGCCAUCGAUUACGUAUUCCUUGUAAAUGGAAAAAAAAGUAAAUGGCUUUUGAUAUAUAUGCAAAGAAAACACCCCGACUGUUUUUGGAUUGGAAUAUUGUAAAGAAUAUUGAUUAUAUGGGAGGUCGGUGGCUAAAUGAUAUGCAUUAUCUUUCUUUGUUCUCA